AGCUUGUCUUCCACUUCGUCCUCAAGCCCCAACCCAUCCCUUCACUCUCUCUCUCUCUCCCUCUGUCUCUGUUGUUUUUGUUGGGUCCCAGCCUGCAAACUCAAAACUGGGCUCUCAUUAUUAAAUCUUCCCCAACCAGCAACACUAUCUCCCACUCUCACACAAAGUUCAAAACCCAUCCUCUCUCUCUCUCUCUCUCUGCUUUCAGUUUCCUCAUCCAUUUAUACUGACCCCUUUCAGUUUUAGCUCAUAUGGCUGAGUCACGGGACGAUCCCGAGUUCUAUCUCCCAACCCACUUCCUAACAGACGACGUCGUUCUGCACAACAUGGACGACAACAGCUUCCACCAAAACGGCGUCAGAUCAGUCGCCCGGUUCCCCACCGAGUUCCCGUACGAGUUCGAUUCCUCCGACUCUAACUCAGCCCUCAGCUCGCCUGUCGAGUCCGUGGUCGGCUCCACUGAGACUGAGAGCAGCGACGAAGAGGACUUCCUCUCCGGGUUGACUCGCCGCCUCGCUCAGUCUUCGCUGCAGCAGACUCACCAGACUCAGAAGCUCUCUGUCCCCAACUUCAACAAAGACAAGCCCGAGUGGGUCAUGGCCGGCUCGCCUCAGUCGACUUUGAGCGGAAUCGGGAGCUGGUCAAGCAACGGAAGCCCGACAGGCCCUUCUUCCCAGGUGCCAUCACCACCAACGACGCCGUUUGGAGCUCAGAACGACACCUGGGAUCUGAUAUACGCAGCUGCUGGGCAAGUUGCGAGGUUGAAGAUGACCAAUGGGGUUGAAGGAGCAACCAAAUUCGGCCACCAUAGCCGAGGACUUCUGGGCCCACCUCGGAGCCCCAGUCCGUCGUCCCUGCCUUGUGUGAAAAACCCAGCUCCUGGGCUGUGCUCUAACCAGAGCUUCAAUCAGUUUCAGCAUGUGAGGCAGAACCAGGUGCUCAACAAGCCACAGUGCUCUGCAGCUUGGGCAAAACAAGGCCAGCUUCCCUGGUCAGCAUAUCAGCAACAACAGCAACAGAUCCAAAGCAGAGGGAGAACUAUUCCUGGGUAUGAGAGUGGUCGAUGUGGGCAUGGUGUGAGUUUACCCCAAUCUGCAUGGCCGCCUCUGCAAGUUCAACAACACCAAAAUCAACAUCCACAGCGUAACAAUGCAUCCGUGCGUCCCACUUUGCCCAACGGAUCUAAUAUCAAACGGGAGUGUGCAGGAACAGGCGUGUUCUUACCUCGCAGAUACACCAACCCUGCUCCUGAGCCUCGCAAGAAAGCAGGUUGCCCAACUGUUCUGCUCCCAGCCAAGGUAGUUCAGGCCCUCAACUUGAACUUUGAGGACAUGAACAGUCAAGCUCCGCCGCGUUUCAACUCCGGUUUAGCUCCGGACCAUGAGGCUCUGUUGGCCAGAAGAAAUGCACUGCUGGCUCAGCAAAGGCUUGGGGGACUAAGGCCAGAGGGGCCACUGAAUUAUGAAGUGCGCCUGCCUCAGGAGUGGACCUACUGACUCAAACUCAGAUUAGUUUCAGUUCCAAAGGCAACAAGCAAGUAUUAUAGAAGAAAGUAGAUUUUCUGAUAUAUGGUUUUUUUUAUUUUAUUUAUAAUGAUGGAGAUUCAAGCAUGUGAGAUUAGAUUAGGAGCAAAUAAGAAGAUAUCCAGGUUUUUUUUUUGGAGGAUGAUGCUGCAGCUUCUGUGGGGGGCUAAAGCUAAUAGCUUUUAGAUCAAGGGAACAUAAAAGAAGAAGGAAGAUUAGUAUUAUUAUUAGUAGGUAGGGAGAAUGUGUUUUUAUUUUUGGGUGUUUUUUUGUAAUAAAUUUGGCUAAUUGUUCCAAAUUUCUAUGCGGGGGAAAAGGAUUUAGGGUGAGGGUGAUUAAAUUCCUUGUUCUGUAAGUGAAAUUCACAACCCUCUUUGUAUUAUCACCCCUUGGGGAAGUAAGAUUUUACUAAUAAGAAAGUGAUUAGUACUCUGUUAACUAUUA